GACGCGCAGACUGCGCUCGCGGCCCCGGCUGCCUUCCUCUCCUCCCCUGCGGGGGCGUCGGGGUCCGGGCCCGGGGCCGUAACCCGAGCCCCCUCAUUGUGUGCGCCCGACUGUAUUUGCAUAGCCUGCCUCGGGCUCCCGGCGGGGCUCCCGGCUGGCCAUGAGGCUCGGGGUCCCGCCUGGGGCACCGUCGAGCUCGUGGACAGCCUGGGGACUUCGGCCCAGCCACUCGCCGAGUAGCAGGAGCUUGGCGGGACGUGCGCUGUCGGACAACAUCUACCCGGUGGAGGACCUCGCCGCGGCCGCCGCGGCCACUUCGGUGUCCAUCUUUCCCAAUGCCGAUCUAGGAGGACCCUUUGACCAGAUGAACGGGGUGACGGGAGAUGGCAUGAUCAACAUUGACAUGACUGGAGAGAAGAGGCCCCUGGAUCUGCCCUACCCCAGCAGCUUCGCGCCGGUGUCUGCCCCUCGCAACCAGACCUUCACUUACAUGGGCAAGUUCUCCAUCGACCCCCAGUACCCCGGUGCCAGCUGCUACCCAGAGGGCAUCAUCAACAUCGUGAGCGCCGGCAUCCUGCAGGGGGUCUCGGCCCCGGCCUCCACCACGGCCUCGUCCAGCGGCUCCUCGGCCUCCCCCAACCCCCUGGCCGGGGGGCCCCUGGGCGUGUGCACCAUGUCCCAGACGCAGCCGGACCUGGACCACCUGUACUCGCCGCCCCCUCCUCCCCCGUACUCGGGCUGCGGCGGAGACCUGUACCAGGACCCCUCGGCCUUCCUGCCUUCGGCCACCACGUCGGGCGCCUCGUCGGCCCUGGCCUACCCUCCGCCCCCCUCCUAUCCGUCCCCCAAGCCCGCCACCGACCCGGGCCUCUUCCCCAUGAUCCCCGACUACCCCGGCUUCUUCCCGCCUCAGUGCCAGCGGGACCUCCACGGGCCAGGCGGCCCCGACCGCAAGCCCUUCUCGUGCCCCCUGGACUCUCUGCGGGUGCCCCCCCCUCUCACCCCGCUCUCCACCAUCCGCAACUUCACCCUGGGCAGCCCCGGGGCCGGGGCGGCCGGGCCGGCGGGCUCGGGGGGCGGCGAGGGGGGCCCCCGGCUCUCGGGCAGCGCCGCCGCCUACAACCCGCACCACCUGCCGCUGCGCCCCAUCCUGCGCCCGCGGAAGUACCCGAACCGGCCCAGCAAGACCCCCGUCCACGAGCGCCCGUACCCGUGCCCGGCCGAGGGCUGCGACCGGCGCUUCUCGCGCAGCGACGAGCUGACCCGGCACAUCCGCAUCCACACUGGGCACAAGCCCUUCCAGUGCCGCAUCUGCAUGCGCAACUUCAGCCGCAGCGACCACCUCACCACCCACAUCCGCACCCACACGGGCGAGAAGCCCUUCGCCUGCGACUACUGCGGCCGUAAGUUCGCCCGCAGUGACGAGCGCAAGCGCCACACCAAGAUCCACCUCCGGCAGAAGGAGAGGAAGAGCGGGGCACCCCCGCCGUCCUCGGGGGGCUCCUCCGCCUCCUGCCCGGGGGUCACCCCGUCUGGGGGCGCCCUGUGCGGCGGCGGCGGCGGUGGCUCUCUGCCUGGGGGUCCCCUGGCCUCUUGCACCUCUAGGACCCGGACACCUUGAGCAGAGACUCGAGCCCCACCAGCUCCUCCGGGGCCCGCCGGGCCCUUGCCCAAGCUGAGCUGCACAAACACUACCACCGGCUCCUCGCCCCUCUCUUCGAAGCCAGAAGGGCCUGGGGUGAGGGGACCCUCCCUGCUCCCCUUGCUGACCCUGGGCUAAUUUGGCCUCUCCUAGAGGAGGCGGCUGACCAAAGGGGUCCGGGGAAGGGGCUGCAAGGAGGAUCCCGGCCCGCACAAGCCGGGGGCUCCUGGCCUGCUUUCCAAAGGGCUGUCGGCCAGAGUUUUCACUCUGGGGUCCCCCUUCCCCUGCCCCCCUUAGCUAUGCUGUGUCCAUGACAGCAGCCUCUUGACUCCGGGCAUCAGCGUCCAUCUGGGACCUGUUAAAGUGGGUGGGGAGGUGCUGAUGCCCUCGAGGACCCAAACCAAGGCGCACUUUAUGGGGGCGGCUGUCGGGGACCCUUGACCGGCCUCAGCCCUUUGAGCAAUAUGUCAGAACGAACAGAGAACAGACGUGCAAUCCGACGAGACGGACUCGGCCAUCUCUCCUUUUUCAGGAGUCUGAAAUGUAAAUGGCUAUUUUUUCAGCGUCUUUUCCCUCCGAUACUCACUGAGUAUUUCUUCGUAUGUGCACUGUUCUCCCGGAUAGGGAAGCCGAGAGGACGGCCUGGAGCAGGAAUCAGGAUAACUUAUUGAGGGGGGAUGUACAUAGAUCUCCGAACCUGGGAUGGGUGCAUGCGAUCGUGUGGCGUGUCCUGGUGCCUUGUGUGAUGUAGACAACGUUGCCGCGUCUGCAUGUCAAUGGGUUGCCUUAUGAAUGACUGAAAAAUCACUCCCUGGUUUUAGGAUAGCUGUACAUUUCUGCCUAUUAAUAUUUGGAUUUUUUUUUAGAAACUCUAUUUUUGUACGCUGUUUUGUGACUCGAGUGUUCCUUUUGGAGUAAAAUCUCAAACAGAGAUGUAAAUAGCACGGCCGGAGCCCACUCCUUUGGCCCUACACUCCCCCGAGUUAGAGGUUGAGUUGUUUAUCAGCACUAACUGGAAUCUGGAUGAUGGGUAGUCUGUGAUCCUAGUGUAAAUAAAUCCUUUUCAACAAUA